UUCUCAUCCCAGGCAAACACACAGGAGCGAGUGGAGGGCAAGAUCUGCAGCUAUCGCCAAGGCCGCCGGAUUCCUGCGACAAUACGAGCUUCUCCGGCCGCCGCCGGCGUUGCUCUGUCUCUCGUUCUCAUCUCUCAAUCCACCCACGAUGGACUUGGAUCAGCAAAGAUAUUAUUAUCUCACCAUGUUGUGGCGGAGAACUCUGUCUGUCAUUGUUCUUCUCUUGGCUCUUUGGUAUAGAGACAAAGAUGGUAGAAAAUUUAGAAGUGGAGGAAGAAAGUAUGGUCCUCUAGUUGAGAGAGACAUCUACAGGACUAGUGUCCUGGUUAGGCUAAUUGACACAUCCGAUGCAAUAUGUAUCAAGCAACUGCGGAUGUCUCGAGCUGUGUUUUACAAGCUAUGCAUUAGGCUCAGGCAGAAAAAGUUGUUAAUUGAUACACUACAUGUUUCAGUAGAGGAACAAGUAGCAAUGUUCCUAUACAUGAUCGGUCAGCAUCACACAAAUUCAUCCGUUGGAUUUUGGUUCUGGCGAUCUAGUGAAACAGUGAGCAGAUAUUUCAAUAUUGUUCUUCGUGCGAUGGGGGAGUUAGCUCGUGAUCUCAUUUACAUUAGAUCAACGGACACACACACAAAAAUCACUAGCAGCCCGGACAGAUUCUACCCGUAUUUUGAGGGAUGCAUAGGGGCACUAGAUGGCACUCAUGUUAAGGCUUGUGUUCCUGCCCACAUGGUCGACAAGUUUAGGGGCCGCAAGUCAUACCCCUCCCAAAAUGUGCUAGCAGUUGUUGACUUCGACCUUCGAUUCACAUAUGUUCUAGCUGGUUGGGAGGGCUCUGCCCAUGAUUCUCUUGUGCUAAAAGAUGCCCUCACACGUCCAGGGGGAUUAAAAAUACCCGAAGGUCAUGGGGAAGCAUAAGCUCACUCUGAAGACCGAGGAGGACUCCAAUCCUCGUGAUAAGUACAUAACCUGGACUGACGAGGCGACAAGGUUUAUGCUUGAAUGGUAUAUCGACCUUCGUAAGGACAAACCUGCAACUUUCAAGUUCAAUAAACAACACCACUUGCAAUGUGCUGAUGCUCUAAAUGGCAAGUUUUCGCUUGCUGUCACUCAAACCCAAGUGGAUCGACACUAUCAUCAAUGCAAGGAGAAGUGGGGCUGGGUGCGUCGUGCCAUGGCCAAUAGUGGAAAUGGCCUUGACAGAACCACUUUCAAUUCACACUUUCUGACUGCUAUUGUCUAUAUAUAUAUGUAUGCUUCAUAUUCACUAUCUCUUGUUGUGUUUUUUUAUACCUGCAACUUCUCUCAUGUUUUGUGUUCAUUACAUCAUUAUUUUACUCUUUUUACCUUACCUUGUGUGCAGAAAACUGCAGUCAAUUAUCUUACCAGACCCAUUAGGUUCUUUCAUCAAUUGGAAGAGUUAUUCUCGGAUCAAUCUCAUGCUGAUGGCUCACUCGCAGUUGACCAAACCACUGUCAAUGUGGAUGAUGGUAGUGAUGACAGCGAGGAUGUGAGGGAACUUGAGGGAAAUCUAAUUCUAGCAGACAGUGAUGAAGCUGACUCUGACACUAUUGAUCGUCGCAGUCCUAAAGUCGACUUGGAUGGCAAUCCAUUAAACAAGAAGCGCAAGUGUGCAUCAUCAUCACCUUCCAAGAAGCCAACCAAGGGCAAAGCAAACAAGAAGGGCAAGGUAUCUAAUGAUGAUAUGGUAACCAGUAUCAAGAAGCUAGCUGAAUCCCUUGCAUCCCCUAUUGUGUCUGUGCAACCAAUGCCACCUGUAGAUCCUUAUGCAAAUCUUUGGAAGCGGAUCAAUGCCCUUACCAUCCCAGCUAAGGAUAAACUUGAGAUUGUUGCCUAUCUAUCCAAGCCAGACCAAGAUAUCUUUCGUAGCUAUCUUAACUAUGCCGAUGAAACAAUUCUUCGAGAGUGGGUCAUUAGCUACUUUGAGCCUCAGUUUCAUGAAGGUGGCAAUGAUGGAUCUGCGGCUGCUCACUGAAUUGCCACAUGGUUAGAUAGAGUUUGUGGCAACCUUUUGUUUAUAUGGCUAGGAACGCUUUAACACGUAGUGGGAGCAUGGAUAACAUCAUCAUGCAUAUUUUGUCUAUAUACAGCAAACUUGGGUGCAUCAUGUACUGUUUGUAUGGAGUGCAUUUGGUGCAUGGCUGGCUGUUUAUGUCCUAGAUGGUAUGGUAAAGGAUGUGAACCUUAUUCCGUCUAUCAUGUAUCAGACAAUAUAUGAGCUACUUAAUCUAUGAGUUUAAUUAUGUCAUUCUGAAGUUCUGGAAA